AUGUCGAAACUAAAGCAGCUUAUCGAGGAUGAGAAAUAUGAGGAGAUUCUGAUGCUUAAUUCGCCAUACUACGAUAAAUACAAGGUUAUUGCAGCAAUUCAUCUUAAAAGAUACAGGGAUGCAAUCUUCUUCAUUCACGGAAAUACGUUUGAAAAGGCGUAUUGCUUCUACAAACUGAAAAAAUUUGAUAGAGCAUUGAAAAUACUCAGGAAACAGAAUGGGGAAAGGGUGAAUUUGUUGAAAUCACAGUGUUUGUAUUUCAUGGGGAAGAUGAAGGACGCAUAUGAAGCACUACGUAGGUGUAAGCUUGAAGAUGAAACAGCAGUGAAUCUGUAUGCGAUGGAGGCAAUGAAUGCAUUGGCAUCGAAUGAGUAUUCAAGCAUAUUUGCAUUGAGAGAAGAUGUGAAAAUAGCAGAACCAAUUACAUACGAAUUCAAUAGUAUAGAAUGCAAGAUGGAGGGCGAUUUCAAUAGGAAUUAUGCAAAUAUAGCAAAUGAAACAGAAUACCUGGGGAAAUUGACAUUUCUAGACAAAGAGUACGACGUAGCUAAUUCGUACAUAAAAAAGCAAUUAGGAUGCAUAGUGAACGACGAACACAAUUUGAGUUUGACUAAAAAGCAGGCAGAAACAUUCACCUACAACAAGGUAACUGGUUUUACGCUUUCUGAACCAGUUCUAUUUCAACACAACUUCAUCAAAACACAGGAAACAGAGUACAAUUUGUUAGAGGAUGACAGAUCUUUGAGUAAAAAGAAGUGUUUUACAACAAGGCUGGUACUAAAAUGGCUGGUAAGGAACAUGGAAAAGAAAGGUGCGAAAUUGAGUAAAGAAAAAAGGAAUGGGAUGGUGAAAUGGGCACUGACGCACAUAGAUGAAAGGGAAAAGUGGAUUAUCGACUGUUUGAACCUCAUUCUGGUUGAUGAAGGUAGCUCAGAAUAUAAAGAGCUAGCAAAAAGUGUCUGUUGCAAACUAAAGUAA